UUUGGUGGUACUUACCAAUACAUUGCUUUUCGUUAGAUCUUCAUCUCAUAACCUACCGUUUGUUUAGUCUUUUUAUUGAAAUUUUAAGGACAUGUCAACAUGAUUGAUGUGACUUAUCGUCGAAUAAAUGUCGAUCCCACCCAGUUAAAGUAUGUCUUGCAGACGAAGUGGAUGAAAAAUGGAGUAGAAAUACUCUUAGUUAGCCGGGACUCCGCCUGGACUGGAGAGCUCACAGCCAACGACAUUACAAAUUUUAUUAAAGAGUUUGACUUGAAAUUAUCCUAUUUCAAUGAAGAGAUGAGAGCUGCUAUAGGAACACCUACUAGUGAAUCAAAUCAAUUUACAUACACCCUACAAGACAAUUUUUUCAACUGGAAAAAGUUUAUGGGAGGUACUACGUUUGCCAAACUAGGCCGUGUAAGAGUACAGGAAGUGAUGGUAACAGCAUCCUAUGAGGAAAUGGUAGAUAAAUUGUUGGAUAAGCUGUCUAGUAUUCAAGAAAAUUUCAGUAUUGUGGAAAAUGAAAAUAUAUCCAUUAAGACAGAUCGAGAUAAAGCCUUGGCUAAGAUGAAGAAGAUAGCUAGCGAAAAAGAAGAAUGGGAAAAGACUCUGUACGGACAAUUUAUUGCAAUCCUUAAUGCAAAAAAAGAAAAAAUUCUUGCUUUAGAGGAGGAGCUGGAGUUUCGAAACUCCGAAAAUUCUCAAGGGAGUGUGAAGCUUUUGGAGACUGACACUACUCGCGAUGAUCUCAAGGGGGAGCAGGAUGAGGACAAUCCGUACGAGGCAGCCACGGAUGUUGACACCGAUCCGAACUCGAAUGAAGGGGAAGACCAAAGUUCGGACUGGGACCGCACUCUGUCGCCGGAGCCGAAGCCGCAGCCUUCGUCGUCCGCGCUGAGAAGACACAGAGAUAUGUUUGAGAGCUUUGACUCUUCGCCGGGGAGUCCUGCGCCUGUGUUGCCCAAACGGGCCAGAAUGCCGGCGAGCGAGCACAGCGUGGAGGUCGCUGAGGCGGGUCCCUCCCAGGAACAUACUACGUCGGCUGUGGUAGACGUGGAGGUGGUCAGGACGAAUGUUACAGAGGAGGACAAGGGAGAAGAUUCAGACGAUAUGGACCAUUUAACCUUAGGGGAGGAUACGCAGGACCUCCUUGCCGAUUUUUAAAUAUAUUUGUGAUAACAGCUUACACCAAAAAUGAAUGUACAUCUGAUCUCAGAAUGUAGGUUUGGUUGUUGCCUGUUGUACUGAUAAGUGUUCCGUCUGUUAUUUACGUAUAUUUCCUUUUCAUGUGUUAAAGCUAUUGUGUAUGUAGUAUAAAACCUGUUGUAUUUUCUGGUUGUUCAUAGUUCCAUUCAUUUUGAAUCUUUUAAAAGAAACAGAUAUUUGCUGAUUUUAUUACUUUUUUUAUGAUUCUGAAAACUGUUUGUAUUUUAGAAUAUCUUUUUAUCUAAAUUUUUUACCGUUUUUAUGUUGAAAUGUAUGAUGUUCUAGGAAAUAAAUGUGUAAAUCAAAUUGUG